GCAAUACGUUGCUGUUUGCUGCAUUCCAUUUCUUUGCAUCCAGAACAAGAUGGCCUCAAGUAGUGACAUCACCGUUCGAGACGCAACUCCAGAAGAUUGUUCUCUUAUUUUGCAGUUUGUAAAGGAGCUGGCUCUUUACGAAAAGGCGCCAGAGAAGGUGUAUGCGACCGAAGAACACUUUAGAAAGACUGUCUUUGGACCUCACCCGUAUGCAUAUGUGGUGUUUGCUUGUCUCAACGGGAAAGAAGUUGGAAUGGCGUUGUAUUUCCACAACUAUUCGACAUGGGAGGGCCGACCAGGGUUGUACUUGGAAGACCUCUAUGUCAAGCCCGAGGUUAGAGGCAAGGGAGUGGGUACCGUUUUAUUGAAGCACCUCGCCAAACUGGCCGUUGAGAAGGACUGUGCGCGAGUUGAAUGGGUUGCCUUGGACUGGAAUACCCCCGCGAUUGAUUUUUAUGUUCACAAAGUCAAAGCUACUCCCCUGGACGAAUGGAGGAUAUUCCGAUUGACUGGCGAUGCCUUGAAAGACUUUGCGGAAGCAUCAUGACGAUACGGGGAUGGCCCAAUCGACUAGAGAUACGUAAAUAUUCUCUACAAUAGAUAUACGGGAUUCGUCCAACAUACUAUAAAUGUCCAUUAGUUGCAUAAUCAGGCAAGCUGUCAGCUCGCACAUCAACGCUUUUCAACUAUCCCUUUACGCCAGGUUUUUUUUUCCUGAUCAGGAGUCGCUAGUUUCUUAGAGUACUGCUUGGAGGUGGCGCCGGGAUAAGCCAACUAUCUCAAGGCUGUAAAUAAUUGCACGCUCUUGACUGCUGUGACAGCCAACCACCAUAGCUCAGACAAACCCCUCACUCUUUGUAUUAACCGUGAAAGACAGACGUCACCUUCCGCAACUAAUGCCGUUUCUCAAUAGGGGCGUUCUACAAUCGGAAGUGAGUCCAUGGAACUGUUCCUUCAUUCGCCACAUGAGAAUAAGAUACGACGUAGCGAACUGCGUCUACUAAUCAGAAUUCAAAUAACAUGUUACAGACAGAGGCGACAGAAGU